GAAUAUACGGCGUUACACUUUCCAGAUCUCAGGUAAGCGAUGGGUCGUCGUCUUGGUCACCUUCGAAUGGUUCCGAAGACUGGGCUGACGUACUUUGGAUUGAACCACGCGGCAUCGCGUCACCAGCACGCGUGGCUCAAUGACGUCCACGAAAGAAGAACAGGACCCUGUGGAGGACACUUUCUGCCCGACAUCUACUACGACCCUCCCUUUUCCUACAUGGCUAUUACACAAUAUAUGUGGAGCAACACCCUGCUCAGGAUAGCGAAGGAGGGUGAAUGCGAUAAAAAGCAUCUUGAUCAGUGCUACCAACAUCUCAUCCCUGCAUAUAAGGAUGACUUGAAUAGAAGCCUAUGCUACACAACGACAGACACGCAAAGGGCGCCUACAUUUUCAGGAGUAGUGGGAUUCAACGUAGAUAAUUUCUGUAAGGCGGCCGCUACUUUAGAUGGACUAACAGCGGGCCAAGGCUCUACAGUGAGCGAAUCGUGUACCACGCUGUGUGGGGUUUCGGGACAUCAGUAUAACACCAACUUCCUUGGUCCAUGCAAGGCUCCACAGACUUCCCGACAAGCAUGCUUCGACGACGACCAUGUGCUGUGCUUCUGGAAGCAAUGUGAAAAGAAAUACAGCGAGAUAAAAGCGCUGUCCCGUCGUAACUGGAACAUACCAGACAGCCAUUACGACGAAAUCGAUGCCUGUGCUAAAUAUCCAUGACGUGGCGUUACUCUGCUCAAGAUUACCUGGUCGUGUCGCGCUUUCUACUUCGAUUCGACUAAGUGGCUGCUGCCGCUGUCUUGUGUUCAAUAUAGCAUUGAGACACUGUUUCAGAACUGGUCACAGUUGUGGACUAUGUGGCUCUAUAACAGAUUAUUCUCCUUUGCCACUUGUGUGUGAUAAUCGUUGAAACUGUGCGACAAGAUCUAUAACGUGAGGUUGCGUAAAGUUUGAGGCAACCCGAAACGUGGCUGAUUCUUGGAUGGUGAUCCUACAUUACGCGCUGUGAGUGCCAUCAAACUACUUUGUAAGUGUAGGUUAUCCGAAUGGUUUUAAAUUUGGUUUGCGAAUGUCAUGGCGAACGACAGGACAGAGGUAACUAUGACACAUUACGCGUUAUAAAUACGCAAUAACACUUGUACUUGUACA